CACACACACACACUCAUUCACUCACUUCCACACUCAGUCACUUUGUCGCCCUCAUUCAGCUCAUUGACUGCCACGGGUCAGUCAGCCUCCAAGCCAGCUUGUCCUACCCCAGCAGUGAGUGAAGGGAGACCUCUGAGGGGUGAGGACGUCAGGACAUCACUCUUGCAGCAGGGGGGAGAGAGAAAGACUCUCUCCAGUCUAGGAGAAGAAGAAGAAGAAAAAGAAGAAGAAAAGGGGGAGGGAAGGGAGGAAAAAAAGAAAAAAAGAAGAAGAAGCAGGAGAGGAAAAAACUCAGAAGAGCCUCUGACUUUUCUGGAGAUGGAUUUACAAAAUGUGAAAUCAUUUCUGUGAAGACUUGGGAACUUGCACUUUUUGGGAAGGCAACAAUGACCAGCCAGUGAUUUGCCAUCAAAGGGGAGAGAGAAAGUAAAAAAAACCAUCAACAACAACAAACAAGAUCAACCUGCCCUGAAACAAUAGUCGCAUCAACCUUUGGAACUUGGGAACUCCUGCUCUUGUCUUCUCUGAAUGGGCGUGCAGUGAGAGAGGACUCACUGAGUGUCUUUUGCGGGGUGCUGUUCCCCAGGCCGCAGCAUGCCUCAUGCUUGUGCAAAGUGCACGCCGGGAGUCUGACCCACCAUGUGCACAUGGAUGCUACCCUCCGCCUCUCCUCUCCGUCCUGACCUUGUCGUUGGCACUGCCCGCACGAGGCCGCUGGGGCUGCCGCCGGUGGCCACCCUGCCCAGCCCGGUGUCCCUGUGCCUGGCAUGCUUCACCCUGCUCCUGGUGGCCGGCUCGGCGGCGGGUGGGGGGUGCCCGCCCGUGGCAGGGCAGAAUCCCUUGCAGGUGCUGGCCAAGGGCAACAACUGCUCGUGGACUUUAGAGCGCCACACGCGCAGCUACAACCACCUAGAGGGCGACGUGCGUCUGCGACGCCUCUACUCUGCCAACAAGUUCUUCCUCUGCAUCGACAAGUCGGGCAAGGUGGACGGCACGCGGCGCAAGAAUUACGCUGACAGCCUGAUGGAAAUCCGAUCUGUCAGUGUGGGAGUUGUCGCCAUCAAAUCUGUCAGCACGGGGCUGUACUUAGCCAUGACCAAAAAGGGCACCCUCUUUGGAUCGCCGCGGUACAACCCCAGCUGCAAAUUCAAGGAGCGGAUCGAGGAAAACGGCUACAACACGUACGCCUCGCUGCGCUGGCGGCACGGCGGCCGGCAGAUGUUCGUGUCGCUCAACGGCCGCGGAAAGCCCCGUCGGGGACACAAAGCCCGCAGGCGGCACCCCUCCACCCACUUCCUACCCAUGAUGCCUACGUAAUUACCCCCCCACCUACCCCGCCCCAGGCCCCGAAGUGGCUCAUCCCAUCCCUCACAUAUUAUAGUGUUGUCAUCAUAAUUGCUGUUGAUACUCUUAUUAUUAUUAUUAUUAUUAUUAUUAUUAUAUAUUUGUUAUGCUAUUAUGAUGUUACUAUUGUAAGCCCUCUCCCUUGUAUGUACAUUUGUUGGGGCUUUGUGUUUGUUUGUUUGUUUUUACCAUAUUAUGCUUAGUGUGGUCACAGUGGAGUUACCUUUAAGUUAUUCUCCCUCUGCCCCUGUGUAUGCCUUAGUAAGGCAGCUGGAAAAAAAACAUGUAUAAAACACAGUUUACUUGUAAAUAUUAUGGUGUUCAUCCCUAUCACUCUUCUGAGUAGAAAGUCUGUUUAAAUCCAACAUGAUCCUAAAUGUAUAAGCUGGACUGGAGGACUCAAUGUUCAAGCAGGAUUCUCUGAAGAGUCUGAUCAUCUGAUUUGAGAAGUGACUUUGGGCUGCAUUUGUGGACAAUGGGAUCUUACUCUCUCCAUAUAAAAGUGGAUGGACAUACAUACAGUAUAUACUGUUUCACUUGCUUCACUACUGAGAAACUCUUGUGCUUGAGUGUGUGUGUGUGUGCGCAUCAUGUUUGUGUUUGUGUGAAGCAGUGAUCCCUGUUAAGUGCAGACUCAUGCGAUGAGAUUCAUCUCUGAUCAGAUAACUAUGCUGGGAGUUCCUUUCCAUGUUUUAUGCUCGGCAGGAGAUCCCUUUUUUACGCCUUUCAUGGAGCAGAGAUAAGUGUUGUUUACUGCUGGUCCAAGUGUCUGCCCCCUUCGCAAGGUGAACAAACACACAGUAAAACAAACUGGCCUUGGGACAAGUCUGGACAAGAUCACGUCGGUUGACUCCCCUGAGUCUUAGCACUGAUGGGCACUCGACGCAGGUUGAAGCUCUGUGGUUGUCUGGCAACCAUCACCGUUAAAAUGGUUCUGGACUGAAAGCCCUAUGUAUCUAAUGGUGUCUGGUUUCUGAAGCGCAAAAAGAAAAUUAAUUGACCCUUUCAUACUAUUUCAUGUGUAGACUGUACUUCUUACUCCGUUACACCUCACUAACAUUUCUCCACCAAUCUGUUGCAAAUAGAACAUUUAAUAUAUUUAAUUUUUCGAACUCUGUGUUGAAAGUGAGGCUCCAUCUCUUCUCCCCUUUGUGUUUUGCUGAAGUUCAUGUCAGUUUCUUGGUUGAAUAUCAUGUAUUGCUUGCCUACUCCAGUGUCUGCAAUCAAGGACAUGAUCACUGAACACUGUUUAAUAAGCAUAUUUCUUUACUGCAGAGGAGCAUUUGUGUGUGUCUUGUUCAGCCUGGUAAAACUGAAUUCAAAUAAACACUAAAAUGAUCAAA